ACUAUCUGCUCUGGUAAUACUGAACUGCUCGCGCCUCACAAACUUCCUUCAAUGCCGAUUGUGAAAUGUCUCGCGAGCCGACCCGACCACCCGAGCGCGUUUGUUUAGGUUGCCAUACGACAGAGGACGCUCUUAGGCGCAAAGGAACCCUCAUCCGAGACGUUCCGGGUACUUGGCUUCUGCCACCAUCGACCAAACCUCUUCCCAGCGUAGCUAGCGGCGUCGUAGUAGACUGCGCCUGUAGGCCCUGCAUUCGCAAGAAUGAACGCAGCAUCGAAGCUGCCGCGCUGGAGGCUCAAGCAGCGGCCGACCGGACGGAGGCAGCACUGGCGGAGGCGCGGGCGCAGAAGCGCACACGUGCCCAGCACGCCGCACCCGCGCCCCCGCCCGCAGCUCCCAUCCCAACCAUGCUUCAGCGUGUGCUAGAUAAGCUCCGAACGCGCACACAAAAACAGAAGCACGACGUGGAUGCAGCGCUGACAGCCGGGCAGGUGGAUGUGCUGACCGCUGAGCUUGCUGCACAAGGCAUUACCACGCGCUCUGGGCUGGAGCUUGGGCAGCUGCGGCGGGAGGACCUCGCGCGGGAGCCAUACAGUACUGUGCGGACGGAGUCGACGGCUGGACCGGAGCCCAAACGUGUGCGGGGCGGCUUGACAGCUGAGGAGUUGCCCGAGGCGCGGGAGCUCCUAGCGGAAGCUGCUAAGCCACCACUGCUCAGCCCCGCCGGAAAACGUUUGGAGCAGGCCGCUGCCGGUACCGUGGAUGCGGCGGAAGUCGUGAAGCUGACGCACGAGCGCCUGGCGCAAGAGUGUGCCAUCAACACGAAGGCCUACAGGCACUACAAGCGCGGCGAGCUCAUCACCGCCCUGACCCAGCGGACUGCUUGGGGCCGCGCGCUGGAGCGGCACACCAAGAACCUGGACCUGCGGCUACUGCGGCUGGAGGCAGAGCUUGACAGCUACCGUGCGGGGGUGGCUGACCCGCAACCGGAGGUGCUGGAGGCAGUCAAGCGCGCACGUGAAGCGCUCGCACCGCUGGCCUGGCCCUUGGGCAUGCGUGGAGCCCCGGGCAGCUCCUCUGCGUGCGCGUGCCGCUAUGACCUGAUCAGCAACCUGGCCACCAUCAUCAGCGACAGCAUCAUCCCGCUCGCCCACCCGUUCCUGAUGGUGCUGUCAGACCAGGUGCGCAACUGCGGCUACAAGACGACCAACAGCUGGAGGUGGAGCGAGCUGACCAAGAAUCUCUGGGCGGGCGCGUGGGUGUGCGGCGCCUCCGCUGUCUCCCUGGUCGGGCACACCGUGUCACGGCCGGGCGUCGACCCGCGUGACACCAAGGCGUACCUGGCCGCGCCACUCUCCAACAUGCCGCUGCCCUCUAACACCACGCUGCGCGACCACGCGCGUGACGUGAGCAAGAACCUGCUGGGCGUGCCCAAGGUGCCAGAAGAGGGCAGCAACACGAGCCGGUGCCGCUCCCGUGUUGGGCUCCUGUCGUACGGUGUGCACACGGCUGCAAAGCUCGCUGGGGGCGUCGCGGUUUCCUUGGCACCGUGGUUCAGGCAGCAGCAGCACGCGGCAGAGCCUGCUGCAGCCGCGGCGGGCCGCCAGCCAGCCCGCGCGCUGGGGAGCAGGUUCACCGCUGCUGCGGAGGAGCCAGCUGCAACUGCAUUGGCGCCUCCAGCGGCACCUGAGGUGUUGCCGCGUACUGCUGUGCUAGUCCCCGCUGCGGCAGCUGCAGCCUCGCCCUUUGGCGGCGGGCAGGCCCCAGCACAGGCAGCGGGCGCAGAACCACAGCCGGCAGCAGCAGAGGCUGUUCCUGCGGUAUCGCCUGCAGCCACGUCAGCCUCGCCACUGUCAGCUCUGCUGCCGCAGCGGCACCUGUCAGCUGUGGACAUGAAGGAGCUGCCCCAGCUGUUUCCCGCUGCGGAGCUCGCGGGUGACGCUGCGGACGCGCGGUUAGCUGACAUGGUGGCUGCCCUGAAGGGUCUCGGGCUGGCGCCGCCUGCUCCACCAGACUUGGCUGGGCUUGCAGAGAGCCUUGCGGCCGGCAUCAGCAGUCUGCUGGCCCCAUACGCCGCGCCGUCAGCCACGGGUAGCCUGCCUCAGGCUCCAGCUCUGGGCAGUGCGCUAGGCAUGCUGAGCGCUGGCGCACUGCAGCACGUACAGCCUGCUAUUGUGGUGCUUGCAUGGGUGGGAUAUGGCCAGCGGCCUGCGGCAGAGGCAAUGGCGACAGCACUCCUGCGCCGGCACCACAGCAUUGGCCGCCGCCGCUGCACAUGGAUUUCCUGGUGCGCUCCUGGCAGGCGUCGUACAGUGCUGCCACACAUCUGGCGCAGCAGCUGGGCCCACUGGCGCUUGACUUGCUGGCGGCCAUGGAAGCAGAGGUGUCGAUGAUGCAGCGGAUCGCUUGGGACGCCACGGACAUCACUGCUGAAAAGCGGUACGACAAGGAGGGCAACUUCAUCAUGGGAAUCCGAUAACAAGUAUAAGCAGUUAUGAGCAGGUUGCUGGCAAGAACUUGGUGGCGUGUGUGAGGGUGCAUGGGCGUGUGGCGUGUGUGCAUGGUCAUGGGCGUGUAAUGAGCCACCUGCAUGGGCAAACUGCCGAAACGCAUUACACAUAAUAUAUUUAUAACCAUUGUAACAUUAAUUUGUGAAAGAUGCUGUAAUCUGGCGCCAAACUGUGACUUCUGAGGCCAGGCGCAUGGGAAAAGUGAGGGAGGUCACACCUUCAAACCCCCCAUCUGGCAUGCCAAAUUUCACCAUAUUUGGCAACUUGCGCAGGGAUCCGAACAUCAAAGGACCUCCUGCCCGAUUUUGGUGACUGCUCAAGUUGCCAAAGGGUGUUUUUGUAAGGGUCCAGAAAUGCAC